AAAGAAGUCAUUGUGGAGAGGGAAGGGAGUGUGUGCAGCCGCGCUGUGUGUGUGUGUGUGUGCGUGUCUAAAGGAGCCCCCCACCCUCCUCCUUUAACUAGCUGGCCAGCAGCGGAGGGAUUACUGAAGCCAUCUCCAACUCCCUAACAUCCGCGGUGUGUGUGUGUGCGUGCGCGCGCCCGCGUGUGUUGUGUGUGUGCGCGUGUGGAGAGCAGGAGGGGGGGGGGGGGGGUUGCAAUAAGCGUGAAUCAUGGCCGUCGUCAUUACUACCGGCGGGGAGCGGAGCCUAAAUUGUGCAAGAUACGGAUAACAGCGGAGAGAGGUCCUCGCGCGGCGAGUCCAGUUCGCGCCCCCCGGUCUCCUCACUGCGUGGAAAUGCCCCAGAAGAAGCUCCUGCGCCGCCGCUGCUGCCUCCUCCUUCACGUGUGCUUUCCGCUCAAGAAGUGACUCGCCACACAAACCUGGAAAAGGGAGUUUGCGAAAGGGCGUGAAAGAACCAAAGGGACUAUUUUUUUUUUCUUCUUCUUUUUACUUUACUAUUUCUUUUGCCGUGCGGAGACUUUUCUCAUUCCGAGAGAGAGAGAGAGAGAGAGAGAGAGCGAGAAAGAAAGAAAGAGGGGGAGUGAGAGAGAUAACUAGAGAGCCUGCAGAGAGAAGGAGAAAAGUUGUACUUGGUUGGCGAAAGAGGACAACAUGGGGAACGCAGGGAGCAUGGACCAGCACGCUGAUUUCAGAGGACACAACAUGCCUCUGAAGCUCCCCAUGCCCGAGCCCAGCGAGCUGGAGGAGAGAUUCGCAACCGUUCUGAGCUCGAUGAAUCUUCCUCCGGACAAAGCGCGACUGUUGCGGCAGUACGACAACGAGAAGAAGUGGGAACUCAUCUGCGAUCAGGAGCGAUUCCAAGUGAAAAACCCGCCUCACGCGUACCUCCAAAAGCUGAGGAGUUAUCUGGACCCUGCAGUCACACGAAAGAAAUUCAGACGGAGAGUUCAGGAGUCCACUCAGGUCCUGAGAGAACUGGAAAUUUCGUUGCGGACCAAUCACAUAGGGUGGGUGAGAGAAUUCUUAAAUGAGGAGAACAAAGGUCUGGACGUGCUGGUGGAGUAUCUUUCUUUUGCACAGUAUGCCGUCACGUUUGAUGGAGAGUCUGAGGAGAACAACCCAGAGGCUGUUAUGGAUAAGUCUAAACCCUGGAGCCGCUCUAUAGAAGACCUUCACGGAGGAGGCACCCUGUCGUCUUCCAUCACUGGGAACAGCAUCACACGCGCUGGACGACACUCGACGAUACGCAGCAACACACUGCCGAGCCGAAGAACUCUGAAAAACUCCAGACUGGUCUGCAAAAAAGACGACGUCCAUGUCUGCAUCAUGUGCCUGCGUGCCAUCAUGAACUACCAGUAUGGCUUCAACUUGGUCAUGUCCCACCCCCAUGCUGUGAACGAAAUUGCUCUAAGUCUCAACAAUAAGAACCCGAGAACCAAAGCUCUGGUCUUGGAGCUCCUGGCGGCAGUUUGUCUUGUGAGAGGAGGCCACGAAAUUAUUCUCUCCGCUUUCGACAACUUCAAGGAGGUGUGUGUGGAGACGCAGCGGUUUGAGAGGUUAAUGGAGUAUUUCAAGAAUGAGGACAACAACAUUGACUUUAUGGUGGCCUGCAUGCAGUUCAUAAACAUAGUGGUGCACUCAGUGGAGGACAUGAACUUCCGCGUUCACCUACAGUACGACUUCACCAAGCUGUGUCUGGACGACUACUUAGACAAGCUAAAGCAUACAGAGAGCGAUAAGCUGCAGGUUCAGAUCCAGGCCUACUUAGAUAACGUGUUUGACGUGGGAGCCCUACUGGAGGAUGCAGAGACCAAAAACGCUGCCCUGGAGCGCGUGGAGGAGCUGGAGGAGAACAUGUCGCACAUGACAGAGAAGCUGCAGGAUACGGAGAAUGAGGCCAUGUCCAAAAUCGUGGAGCUUGAGAAACAGCUGAUGCAAAGGAACAAGGACCUUGAAUCGAUUAGGGAAGUCUACAAAGACACCAGCUCGCAGGUACACACACUGCGGCAGGUGUUGAAGGAGAAGGACGAGGCCAUCCAGCGACAGAGCAACCUGGAGAAAAAGAUCCACGAACUGGAGAAACAGGGCACCAUCAAGAUCCACAAGAAGGGGGACGGAGACAUCUCCAUCCUGCCAUCGCCCUCCUCCGGCGUGGGUGGCUCGCCAGGUGCGGUGACGGGUGCAAACGGUGCCAAUCACGCGGGAGUCGCCGCUGGCACUCCGCCACCUCCCCCACCAGCCCCCCCGCUGCCAGUGAACGGCACACUGUCAAAUGGACCAUCGUCAGGGACUCCUGCAGCUGCAGCUCCCCCGCCUCCACCGCCUCCCCCUCCGCCUCCGCCUCCCCCUCCAGGGCUAGCCUCGCAUCACCCAGCACACCUGCCUCCUGUGGCGCCGCCGCUGCCCGGCUGUGGGACGCCCACGGUCAUCAUGAACUCCGGGUUAGCAGCUGUUAAGAUCAAGAAACCCAUCAAGACAAAGUUCCGGAUGCCCGUCUUCAACUGGGUGGCCCUGAAACCGAACCAGAUCAACGGCACGGUCUUCAAUGAGAUUGAUGACGAGAGGAUCCUGGAGGAUCUAAACGUGGAUGAGUUCGAGGAGAUGUUCAAGACGAAAGCUCAGGGCCCAGCUAUCGACCUCGUCUCAAGCAAGCAGAAGGUCAUCCAAAAGAUGCCCAACAAGGUGACGCUGCUAGAAUCCAACAGAGCGAAGAACAUGGCCAUCACACUGAGGAAAGUGGGCAAGACUCCUGAGGAGAUCUCCAAGGCCAUUCAGAUCUUUGACCUGCGAACUCUGCCGGUGGACUUCGUGGAGUGUCUGAUGCGCUUCCAGCCCACAGAAAACGAGAUUAAAGUCAUGCGGCAGUUUGAGAAGGAGCGCAAACCACUGGAGAGCCUGACAGACGAGGACCGCUUCAUGAUGCAGUUCAGUAAAAUCGAGCGGCUCAUGCAGAAGAUGACCAUCAUGGCCUUCAUCGGCAACUUCUCGGAGAGCGUGCAGAUGCUCACUCCGCAAAUUCACGCAGUCAUUGCAGCAUCCGUGUCCAUCAAGUCGUCUCAGAAGCUAAAGAAGAUUCUAGAGAUUAUCUUGGCACUUGGAAACUACAUGAACAGCAGCAAAAGAGGAGCGGUGUACGGAUUCAAGCUGCAAAGCUUAGACUUGCUUCUCGAUACCAAGUCGACGGACCGCAAGAUGACGUUGUUGCACUACAUCGCCAAUGUGGUGAAGGAGAAAUACUCACAGGUUUCUCUCUUCUACAACGAGCUGCACUAUGUGGAGAAAGCUGCAGCAGUGUCGCUGGACAACGUCCUGCUGGACGUGAAGGAGCUGCAGAGGGGCAUGGAGCUGACCAAAAGAGAGUACAGCAUGCACGGCCACAACACCAUGCUCAAGGACUUCAUCACACACAAUGAAAGCAAGCUGAAGAAGCUGCAGGACGACGCCAAGAUCGCACAGGAUGCCUUUGACGAGGCCGUGAAGUUCUUCGGGGAGAACUCCAAAACAACGCCGCCCUCCGUCUUCUUCCCCGUGUUUGUGCGGUUUGUUAAAGCCUACAGGCAAGCAGAAGAGGACAAUGAGCACAAAAAGAGACAGGAGCAGAUUUUGAUGGAGAAGCUCCUGGAACAGGAGGCCAUGAUGGAGGAGGACCAGAAGUCGCCCUCUCAUAAAAACAAGCGACAGCAGCAAGAGCUGAUCCAGGAGCUCAGGAAGAAACAGGUGAAAGACAGCCGCCACGUCUACGAAGGCAAAGAUGGAGCGAUAGAGGACAUCAUCACAGUGCUGAAGACAGUGCCCUUUACCGCCCGCACAGCCAAGCGCGGCUCUCGGUUCUUCUGCGAGUCGGCCCUCAAUGAGGAGAACCAUUACUAAGCUUGUAGAACUGUCCCUCUUCGCUAAGAUUUGAGGAAUCAGCCUUACAGGCGAGCCGACGCUGUGCGGAGGAGCGUCAGGAGACGCUUCGAUGAUCAGAAUUUGCGGCCGAUGAACAGCGGCGAAGUGGUUGUGUGAAGAGGGAUCAGUGCAUGUGCCGAUGGGGGAGGGGUUAAAGAUGGUGAGGAUAUGUGUACAAGAGAGGCUGAUACGUGAAAGAUGACGAGGGAGGGUAGCAAAGAUAGAAGAUAAAGCGUGUGUGUGUAUAUAUAUAUAUAUAUAUGUAUGUGUAUAUAUAUACUACAGAAUACAUGUAGCUUCAUGUCUGUGCUAUAGCAGCAGCUUUUCACUAUGAAGGACACACACUUGUGUGGGACUGCAUUAUAAGUGUCUGAAAGGUUGAUCCAGGAACCUCAGACCAGCCAAGUGCCUGAACUUAAUUUUGUGGACUGAUUUUACGCCGUCUCUUGUUCAUCGGACUGUUUUUUCUUUUCUUUUUUUAAUGUUACCCAAUUUUAAACAAGUAAAACUGGACUUGCGGUGGCCUUAAGAGCCACGUGAACGUGAGGCUUCCUUGGGAACAUAAUGUAGAAUGUAUGGGACGCGUUCCCUUUAGCUGUUACAAAAACGACAUCUUUUAGUGUUGGGUUUGACACUGUGGUAUCUUGGUACAUUCCGGUGCUUCUUUCCAUUCCUCGUACUAUGAAAAAUUGUGUUCAACAUCUCAGUGUUUUUUAAUAAAAGGGCUGAUCAGGCAUGUAGAGGGAGAUUUGUACUAAAGUAUAACGCUGAUGGAUCAACAAAAAAGAAAUGGAAAACCAGACGAGGCUAAUGUGAAUUAUCUCCAUGCUGACUUCUUUCAGCAUUUUUACUUCAGUUAACGGAUCAAGUCUGUAGCUGUUAAUCUAUAGAAGUAAAACCUUACCGUCCAUUUAAAAUGUUGCAUUUCUGUAGCAGCACAGCAGUCCAAACGAGCCUGUACAGCGACAUUAAAAAAGGAAUAUCUACCAAAUGUAGAAACUGCACAAAAGAUUUGGGACCCUACGAAAUGGUUGUCACUGUCAAACUGGAUCCACUCAAUCUCUGCAUUUCAUCUCUGUCCAUUUUUUUUACUGAUUGAUUAUACUCCGGUGACUGAGUCUACUCACUUUAUUGUAAUUUUAAUGUAUAGUAUUUAACCACUGAGAGGAUUCAUUUUAACGCGUCUUUUAAUCUAAUCUAAGUACAAGAAAAAAAAAAGUUUCCAGAUAUUUUGCUACAAUGUUUUUUUUUUCUUCACAUUACCAGAUGGUUAAUAUUGUACAUAUUGUUCAAAAAAAGUUUUCAUUGCCUUGUGGUAUACAACUUGAAUGUUAUUUUAACUUAUAGUUUGUCGGAAUUUUGUCAUGUAUUUAAUUAUGCCAAAUGCAGCCACUCUCCUCCCCACAGUGUUUAAUCAAACUAGCCUCUUAUCGGACCUGUGGCCUAGUGAUGUGCAGCCAUUCUACUUUCUCUCAACAUGUAAUUUAGGGAGUCUUCCUAUUACAAAAUAACAAGCUUUAUUUUAAAAGAUUAGGUGAUAUGAGAUUUUUAAACAAAUGAUGAAAUAAACUAUUUACAUUGAAUAUACACGA